CCGCUCCUGUUGAGAGAGGGCGGGGAGGGUUUGAAAGGCGCCCGCCGGGAGACGAAACCCAAAGCUACUUCCUCUUCGCCCCUCUGAGCGGGCGGGGUGACCUGUGAGCCAGCCAGCCUAGGAGCAAGGAGGGCCUCGGAGCGGAGGAAGGAGGCUGAGGGGGGCAAGGAAGAAUAAGGAGAUUGAAUGUUCUGCCUGGUAAACUAAAAGAAUGCCACUUAAAAAAUAUGAAAUGAGUUACCCAUUGUCUUAAAAUGAGAAAUCUGUAACUUUAAGAUGGUUGGACUAGGAAACAGCCGUCGUGGGAUAAAGUCACCACCUCUUCUAGUAGCAGCACUUGUGGCUUGUAUAAUUGUUCUGGGAUUUAAUUACUGGAUAACAAGUUCCCGUAGCGUUGAUUUGCAGAAUCGCAUAAUGGAACUAGAAGGCAGAGUGCGUAGGGCAGCUGCAGAAAGAGGCGCUGUAGAAAUGAAAAAGAAUGAAUUCCAAGGAGAGCUAAAGAAACAGAGGGAACAGAUUGAUAAAAUCCAAUCCCUGCAUGAUUUCCAGGUGGAAAAUAUGAACAAAAUACACAGAGAUGAAAAGGAAAUGUUAUUAAAUAACAUCACAAUAAAUGAUCAUCUGAUCCAGACUCUUCAAGGGCAUUUGAAAAAAUUACAGAGGGAAUAUGAAAAGCUUCAGUUAGAUGUCUACAGAUUUCAGACUAAUCAGACUAACCUCCAGAGAAAAAUGUCACUUGACAUGUCUCAGUGUGUCCGUAAGUUGAAGGAACUGAAAGAACAAUGUGAAGAAAACCUAGAAGUCUCACCAGAAGAUAGCAAGAUAGAACAAGAAAAGAAGGAACAUACUACAAAUACAUUAGGAAAAAGCCAAGCUAAUAUACAGAUGCUGACUUUUGGACAGGCAGAGUUUCAGAAUCAUGGUCUGACAAACGAGGAAAAGGAGCUUCAAGAAAAAAAUAUGUCUAAUGAUUCUGUGAAAUUAGAUUCAUCAAGACCAAUAUCUGUGAUAAACAAAGAAUUGAAUCAUCACAGAGAAAAAGGAACCAAUGAUGCUCCUAAUGAAGAGUCCAUGAAAGAGGAGGUUCUUCUCAAUCAAGGCCAUCUACAAAUACCUUCUAUUUCUAGCAGAGAUCAUAAAGCAUUUCCUCCUGAACCAGAACCAGAGCUGAAUCACCAUGAGCAAAUAAGAAACGUACUUGGAGAAGCUUCAGUAGAAACCCAGACUAGCAAAUUCUCAGAACUUUUAGGCCACCAAAAUAUCGAAAAAGCAAAAGAAGUUGAUGAAGAAAUUGAACGAGAGGAACUCUUAAAUGAUGACUUGCAGCAGGAUGACCAGGAAACUAAUAAAAAUGGUGAAUUUGAAAUGAGAAGAGUGGGCCAGGAUAAUAAAGGGGAAGAUUACAAUUUAGAUACGAAUGAGGCAGAAUCAGAAACAGAUAAGCAAGCUGUUCUUGUUGGCCAGCAAAAUAACUUCAAUGUUCAAAAUCUUGAAGAUCCCAAAAUGGAAAUCCGCUUAUUUAAGCUCAGUGAAGCUCAACAGCAGAAACUGUGAAUAGCAAUAUCAGUCUGUGACUCUUGCAAAACUAUUUAGGCAAGUCCAUCUCAAAAAUUUUACAAAAUUUGAAUCAGGGGAUUUAAAUCAGUCCUGAUUCCUCUUCAUCAGGAAUAUUAUCUCCAGACUUAAUAGGCUGGUUUUACAUCCAUGAACUAGACUAUGACAGUGUUGCAGGUGGAAGGGAGUCACUGAAAAUAUAUGAAAUCAGCCUGUUAUUCAGCUACCAGGUAUAGUUUCCUUUUUGAAUUAUAACAGUAACACCUUAGAUACAAAUUGUCUUGCUCUAAAAAUUGGGAAUGUUACAUAGACUAGCUUGAGAGAUGUUUGUCCUGCUUCUGUUCAUAUCUGUUUCCAUAUUAUUAUUCUGUUUACAAACUGAACUUAGUCAAUUUUACACUUCCCUUCUCCAGAAAGAAAGUAUCCUAAAGAACUAUACUACUUUAAGUGCUUUCCUCUGAGGUAAUACAGUAGGAUGUGGUAUCAAGUAAAUAUGCAUAAAACCAAGCUGUAUGUCUACAUCUCUUUUAUUCAAACAUAGUUCUCUUUUUUGAAUUGUAGGAAUGGUAGUUAACCAAAUGCAUUGGAUCUCUUGCAUUUGUUUAACAGGCUUUACCCAUUCUGAAAUUCUAAUAUAGAAGAGUUAGCCAACUAUGUACAUAAAAUUAUACUUGAAUAUAUGGAUAAAAUGAAUAUAUACACCCCAAAUGUUUUGCUGCUUCAUACUGUAUCUUAUUUUGAUGUAAAAUAAAGAACUGCAAUAUCAUAUAGGGUAUAAUGCUAAUUUGCUGCCAACAUUGAUGAUAGCACUUUAGCCCCGUUGAAGAUAACUAGAAUAGAAUAAGUGCAAUACAAUUAUUUUGUACAACAAAGAAAAAAUUAACUGAUUACUAUAAUAUUUUGUCAAAUGCAAAUACUGGCUUAAUUUUGAUUAAGUUCUUGAUUAUAAAAUCAGUGGGUUCUCAAGAUACUUGUAAUCUGGUUGUUAGGUCACUAUCAAUAAAAUACUGCACUCAGUGGAAA